UUCUCGCGAUACUCGACAGAAAGGAAGCAAGAAAAAAAAAACAUCUGAAGCUGGGAAGCUAAACGUCCGACGUUUUUUUAAGGUAAUGUUUCCAGAGCAGCGUCUGCGUUCUCCAUGACUUUGAAGAUGUAGCGAAUCUUCAGCAGCUCGUCUCAGCGGCCGGUACUUCACAUUUGCCGAAGCUAUAAAUGGCCCUGGUGUGAUUAUCUUCUUCUGACUCCCAAGUUCUGAGACGCUCUGGCUCCUCAGCAGGGCUCUCCAGCGCACGACUCAGCUGUUCAGAGUCAGUCCACCCGCGCUCAAACGCCUUGCUGUCCUCGACCAUGCUGUUCUCUCUGAGGGAGCUGGUCCAAUGGCUGGGCUUCGCAACCUUCGAACUCUUCCUACACCUGCUGGCGUUUCUGGUCUUCAGCAUGCUGGUUGCUCUGCGAGCCGACAUGUUUGUACCCUCGCUGAGCUGGUGGCUGGUGUUCGUCCCGCUCUUCGCCGCAGACGGCCUGAGCACCUAUUUCACGGCCAUCGUGUCCAUCCGGCUGUACCAGGAGAACGAGAAGCGGCUGGCGGUGCUGCGGCUCCUGUGGGUGCUGACGGUGCUCAGCCUGAAGCUGGUGUGCGAGGUGCUGCUGUGCCAGAAGUUGGCCGAGCAGGAACAAGGCCGAGAGCUGUGGUUCGGCCUCAUCAUGUCGCCGCUUUUCAUCCUGCUGCAGCUGCUGAUGAUACGAGCGUGCCGCGUCAACUGAGGACCAACGGGCUCCAACGCCACCUUCUGCUGAUCCUGCCUCCUCCGCGAUGGCGCGCUACUCCCUCCAUCUGUCUGCCAGCAGGAUUUCUCAAAAACACUUUGACUCAACCUUGUGCAAAUACUUUAUAACAGGAAAUGUUUCAUAUUCGGACUGUGGUUGUUGUUUUUUUUUUUUUUUUUGAGGGGGGCCUUGGCAAAGAUUUGUGCUCUGUUAUGUGCUGCUUUAGUUUGCUUUUGGCUGAUUACAGCCUCUUGUUACAAAACUGCUGGUGGGUUGUUUUUUGUUGGGGGGGAUAUAAUAAAUUUUCUGUUAUAUUUGUCCUUUUGCAUCUACAAAUAUUUACAUCUGAUGUACAGGAUGGAGUUUUUAAAAAGAAGCUGUUCUGCCUGUUAACAUUCGUGAAAUCAUUUUUGCUGCUUUUAAUGUAAGGUUUUGGUGACUGAAAAUAAGAAAACUGAAAUUAGACCAUGAAAAAACUUCUGGCUGACCUUCUGUCAGAGUUCUUGAGAUUCAGGUUUAGUAUUUUAAGAUAAAAGUUGUGCUUUGAUGUUUUGUUUUUUUUACUUUGUGUGGGGUCAGUAUGAGAGUGGAUUAAGCAAAUGCUUUUACACUCUGUUGCAUUUUUUCACGCUUUGGUUUGGCUCUGACCGCAUAUUCAAUGGGUUUUGCUGAAAUUUAAUGGACAAGUUGCCUAAAUUUUGUUGGUAAUCCAGAUCUUUCUUGUUUUAUGGCAUCAUAAAGCUUCUCCCCACACAAAGUUGUGGAUUUGUGUUCCCCACAGUGACGCUCAGUGCAUGAUGGAGUUAACCAUUAUUAGUUGUGGGGUUCACGUGCCUUACUAGUUAAAGUGUAAAACAACACCCCCACAUCUCAGCAGCCCCCCCCCCCCCCCCCCCCCCCCCCAGGAUGAAAUCCACAGGAGAAUUUUUAGAAUUUUGGGGUGGUGUUUUGCACUUAAUAUUGAAAGGAUCCCCCUUACAAGAAUUUUAGGAAAGUAAGCUUUAUGGCUUGGAGACAUCAGGAUUAACAAUGUUUUGCUGGAAAAUUGUUUUUCAAGAAAGAAAUCACAGGCUUUUGUUGUGACUUACAGAAUUACUGGCACAUCCAUAUUUCCAAUGCAUAGUAAGUUCUUUCGGCUUUUCAAUUUGAAUCGCCGGAGCAGAAUCGAAAAUUGAUGCAUUUGAACCAACUUCAUGUUAUCCGACUUUGUUUUGUAUGUCCAGUUAUUAAGCAACAACAAACUAAAAUGCGUUCGUAGCAUGAGAUAAAAUACACAAUUUGGUUAUCAUGGUUAUUUGCACCUUUUGGGCAAUUUGCAGGUAAUGAUCACUUUUACAGCCAGUUUUCUUUAGACAAGUCAAUGGAUGAGUUCUGAGUUUAAGUCAGUCAUUAAAAAAAAUACGAACAGUAUGAUAAAUCUGUCUGGAGGAGACUGUUCUGAAGAACUGACACAAGAUGUUGACUAGUGAGGGAAGCCACCAGGACACCAAUGUUAACCCUGAAGGAGUUGCAGGAGUUCUCUAACUGGGAUCGUAGAAGCGGUGCAACUUUUGUCUGUUGCAUCGCCAGUCCCAGCUUCACGUUGCAGAAAAGGAUUUUCUUAGAACACAUUCAGCUUCCCAUUUGUGAGGGAGCACAUGGGAGACAUAAACCUAGACCUGAUCUGUUCUCAAGAAUUAAAAGUCCUUCUGUUCCCCUCCACCUUGAUGCAAUAGACCAGGGGUGGCCAAGUUCGGUCCUCGAGAGCCACAUUCCUGACACUCUUAGUUGUCUCCCUGCUCCAACACACCU